GGACUGUCGUGGUGCUCGGCUGGUCGGGGACGUGAGGGGCGAUGGUGUCGCUGGAGGUGUUUGCCGAUCCGGCAUUUGAUGCCAAGGGGUUUGUGGCCAAUUUGCGCAAACAGCUUCCUCUGACCUCCUUGCAGCAGAAGCUUCAGGAGUUGCAGCAGCAGGUUCAGGCCGCUGUGGUCGAGCUCAUCAACCAAGACUAUGCCGACUUUGUCUCUCUUUCAGGCAACCUGGUCGGCUUGGAUGACCGCCUGACCAUUUUGGCCGAGCCGUUGCAGUCUGUGCGCGAGGACAUUACCGAGCUUUUGAGUACAGUGCAGCAAGAAUAUCAAGCCCUCUCUGCUAAUCUUGAGCGUCGCGAACACCUGCGCAAUGCCGAAGUUGAGCUGCGCCGACUCCUCGACAUUUCCCACAGCGUCGACAAGAUUGAGCGCCUUCUACAGAAUCACGGGAGCACGGACCCGGCCGACGCCAGCACGCAGGGUUUGGAUUGGCAGCUCAUUGAUCGCGUGGCAACUGAACUCAAUCAACUCAACUACCACGUGGACCGGGUCCAGGACACUCCUUUUCUCAAGGAGCUGCGGCCGCGAUUGCAACAUUUGGAGAUCUGGAUGACUGCACAGCUGUCGUCUGCUCUCAAUGAAGCCAUUACCACUCGGGCACACGAACGCCUGACGGCAACCCUCAAAUUGUUUGGGCUCGUGGGCUGGCGCGAACGGGCUGUGGCGGCUUUUGAUGAGCUUGUCACCGUGCCCAUCCUCACGGAUCUGUUUCAGGCUGCACAAGAGCAAGCCUCGACAACCGACUUGCGCAGUGCCGUGGAUUCGCUAUUCUCUCAGAUCUUGGUCGUGGCACGCGAUCAGUUUGUGGCGUAUCGCGCAGCCUUUGUCGCUGCCAGCAUCGAACAUGAUGUGCUGGUUGACAGUCUCUGGCCUCGCUUCGUGGAUGGCAUCACGACCCACCUUUCCAACCUUUUCUCGCCCGGCAUUCCUGCCACCUUUCAUGCUCAUUACACAUCAUACAUGAGUUUUCUUGGCCAGUUCGAGCAGUGCUUGAGCACCCAAAAUGCCGUGGAGCGCUUUCGGAAAAGCACCGCCUACCUGACCAUGGAACGGCGCUGGACCCUGCCCGUUUAUUUCCAGUUGCGGUUCCAGGAAAUUGCUGGUGCCUUGGAGCGGGCUCUGCAGGAAUUAUCCAAAGCCACCAGCACCGAAGGAGGGGAUGCCUCAGAGGCUCUGCUCGGAGCCGACGAAGCCCUGCUCAAGGGGCUGGAGAAAUGUUGGCAGUCGGAUUAUUUCUUGCCGGCUUUGACUCAUCGCUUCUGGAAGUUGACACUCCAGUGUUUGGCACAGCUGCUAGCACGGCAUCGCCAUGCGAUUCGUGAACUCGGAGCCCAACACUACCUGUCACCAGUCAUUCCACAUGUACUGGCCGCUAUGCGACAGCUUCCGCCCCGCGUAUGUGCCACGCUGAUAGCUGAAGACUCGCCUCGACCUAUGCUGAUACCAAAAUACGCCGCUCACCUGUUGUUUUCUAUUAUUAGCUUCAUGCGGUGCAAACUGCUGCGGAAGAUCAACUUGCCAUUCUUGAGCCUGUCGUUCGCGACAGCGUUGUUGCAACGACACAUGGGCGAAGAUCUCGCAGGUCUGCCUACCGAGGUCUUGACCACGGUUGCAACGGCUCUAUUAAAGGAGGCAGAGGUGGCUCUGAAACCCAGCGCCGACGUACCUCGCCUUUACCGCUUGACGGGCCGGCCGGCCCCCACGGAAGCUUCGGCAUAUACAUCCGAGGCGUUUCUGUUGUAUGAUCGUGUUGUGAGCUACGAGUAUAGCGAUAUGGACGCCGCAGAGCUGCGCGCCCGGUUUAUGACUGGCCUGCAGGAGAUGUUUGUCAAGAUGAUUGAGUCGGUGCUAGCCGAUGUGCAAGAGACUGAGCAGUCCUUACAGUAUCGGCGCCGUCGAACCAAGCGCAAGACUGGGGCUGAAGGCCUUUCAGACAGUGACAAGAUGCGCACGCAGUUUGUGCUCGAUGGUGAACGUGUGCAGCAACAGAUGCGUGAGCGCGGGGCUGGGGACACUGGACUCUUGACCGAAUGCGUGGAGAGGAUCCGAAGUCACAUUGGUGCUCAUGCUGGCGAGGAAGAGGCUUGAUCGCGCUAGCGCACCCUGCCACAGAGAGCCUCUGCAUAGCUUCCCGACGAUUUCUUGCGUUAAUUACAUGUAAUUGAACCCGGAUC